CAUACGCCAGCAUGUUGGGCAUAAAGCAACGCCCCCGUCCGCGCGACAUGACGUCAGACUGUUGACGGAAGCGGAAAGAGCGGACCGAGCAGAGGUCUUCCCUUCUUUAAUAGGUCCAUGGGUCUUCCACCUGCAGGACAGCUGCUGGACGGGGAUGGCGGAAAGCGGGGCUCACCUGACGGUCGGUGGCGGCGACGCGGAGCGGCCGUCCAUCUUCCAGCUGCUCGCGCAGGAGUCCCUCAUGGAGGCGGUGCGGCCCGCGCUACAACACGCUGCUAAGGUGCUGGCCGAGGCCCACCCCUCUGCCCUGGGCUUCCUGUGGAGGAGCUACGAGGAGCUGUACCUCCUCCUGGACCUGCUGCUCCAGAGCCACCUGCUCUCCUCCCGCAGCGCCUCCUUCUCGGAGAACUUCUACGGUCUGAAGCGCGUCCCCCGGGCGGGCGGGGGGGCCCUCGGCCGGGGGGCGCGGGGCCGCUCCCUGCUCCUGCUGUGCCUCCUCCCGUACCUCCUCCGCCGGCUGCGCCGCGCCGUGAGCCGGCGCCGCGACCAGGACGACUUCUCCAUCCCGCCGGCGCCCCGCCUGCACCGCCUGCACCGCCUCCUGGCGUGCGGCGGCGGCGCCUGGGCCGUGCUGCGGCUGGCCCAGACGCUGCUCUACGUGGCGGGCCGCGCCCGGACGCACUCCCCCCUGCUGUGGCUGGCGGGGGUGCGGCUCACGCCCCUCACGGCCCGGGACCUCAGCCUCAUGAGGAGGGAACGCCCCGGGGGCCCGACGGGGAGCAGCAGGUUGGUCCAGGCGGUGGUGGGCGUGGCUGGGGGCGUGGCCGGGGGCGUGGCCACCGCCCUCUCCUUGGGAACCUUCUUCCUGCAGUUCCUGGAGUGGUGGUACUCCUCGGACCACCAGGACAGCAUCAAGAGCCUGACCUCCCUCCCUGCUCCUCCCCCCCCCCUGCACCUGCUGCAGCCCCGCCCCUCCCCCUCCUCCUCCCCCUCCUCCCCCUCCUCCUCCUGCUGCCCGCUGUGUGGCCGGCUCCUCUCCAACCACACUGUCCUCUCCACCUCCGGCUACGUCUUCUGCUACCGCUGCAUCUACGCCUUCGUCAAGGGCAGCCAGCGCUGCCCUCUCAGCGGCUACCCCACCCAGCUGCAGCACCUGGUCAAGAUCUACACCUCCUAGACCCCCCUAGGCCCCCACCCAGCUGCAGCACCUGGUCAAGAUCUACACCUCCUAGACCCCCACCCAGCUGCAGCACCUGGUCAAGAUCUACCCCCCCUAGACCCCCCUAGGCCCCCACCCAGCUGCAGCACCUGGUCAAGAUCUACACCUCCUAGACCCCCCUAGGCCCCCACCCAGCUGCAGCACCUGGUCAAGAUCUACACCUCCUAGACCCCCCUAGGCCCCCACCCAGCUGCAGCACCUGGUCAAGAUCUACCCCCCCUAGGCCCCCACCCAGCUGCAGCACCUGGUCAAGAUCUACCCCCCCUAGGCCCCCACCCAGCUGCAGCACCUGGUCAAGAUCUACCCCCCCUAGGCCCCCACCCAGCUGCAGCACCUGGUCAAGAUCUACACCUCCUAGACCCCCCUAGGCCCCCACCCAGCUGCAGCACCUGGUCAAGAUCUACACCUCCUAGACCCCCCUAGGCCCCCACCCAGCUGCAGCACCUGGUCAAGAUCUACCCCCCCUAGGCCCCCACCCAGCUGCAGCACCUGGUCAAGAUCUACCCCCCCUAGGCCCCCACCCAGCUGCAGCACCUGGUCAAGAUCUACCCCCCCUAGGCCCCCACCCAGCUGCAGCACCUGGUCAAGAUCUACCCCCCCUAGGCCCCCACCCAGCUGCAGCACCUGGUCAACAUCUACCCCCCCUAGUCCCCCACAAUAGGAAUAUAUUUUUUUCUGUUUGUAUUAAAAAUUAAUCAAGAGGAGAGAAGUUAA